AUGCGUGCCUUCGUCACGGUCGGUUCUACGAAGUUCGACUCGCUGGUGCAGGCCGUUCUCUCACAACCCGUUCUCCAUGCCUUGCGUUCGAAGGGCUAUCUAAAACUGGUCGUACAAUGCGGCAAUUCUCAUGUUGAAGGAUAUGCUGACAGUGACACUUCAUGGAGUUUCGAAACACAUAGACUGGAGAUCGAGAUGUGGAGGUUCAAGCCAUCUUUGGAGGAAGACUACGAUGUAGCGGACUUGGUGAUCAGUCAUGCUGGCUCUGGAACUAUAUUAGACGUCCUACGAAAAGGGAAACCUCUGAUCGUCGUGCCCAACCCUACCCUGCUCGACAACCAUCAGGAGGAGUUGGCUGAUGCGCUAAGUACUCUUGGGCACUUGAAGGCAUCCACCGUUAGCGAUUUGUCGCAGACUGUGUUGGAUUUCGACGCAUCCAUGUUGGCGCCUUUCCCCCAAUUCGACGGCAGCCGGUUUCGUAGGUUCUUGGACCAAGAGAUGGGAUACGUUUGA